AAUGAUUUAUUCCACAGUUCCAUCACUGAAAAUACAAUGAAAGUACAACAGAGUACAACAGUAUGCGUUUCCAGAUUCACCUGUAAUGGCUGUCAGCUCUUUAGCACGACUUCACAUUAUAUUUCAGGUUGUGUAUGUUUUCUAGCAUAUAGUGUCACUUUUUGCCUUAAGUAAAAAGUUGACAACACUAAAUUUAAAACCUCAUGCACCUGCCACUUUUACUGUGUUUUUGCUGCAAGCUGUUAUUCUCCUGACUGGCAUGUGUCAACGUGAUACUGUAUCCGUCUAACUCAGUGGAAACUAGAAUACUGACUUACAUAAAGAGAGAUUGUUUCACUGGUCUUCUUUGCUGAGGUUGUUGCUGUCAUGAUCACCACUAGUCAAGUGCAUGCUGGAUUCUGAAUGUUGACUUUUGCUUGUCUGGUUUAAUUGAACGGGAAAUGCUGUAGGCUUUAGAGGAAACUUUAUUUUUUACUGUGUCUUUUAAAGUUUUUCGAACAUCCAUAAACCAAAAACAGGAGGUUAUUUUUGUUAACCUCCAGUCUCUGUUGUAUGGACGGUCUGCUGUCAGUCAGUGAUGGAAUAGAUGUUUGUCUGAUUGUUUACCAUAAAACCAGAUAAACUAUGACUUCCUCUUGUAUCAUUUGCUUAUACCUCCAAUGGACUGUUACAGAUUUCUGUACGAUGCCACUGAAGUGUAAGUAGAUCUUAGUUAACAGUCAAGAAAAGAAUAAGCACAGCAGGGAAACGACGCCGAGCUACAGAUAUUAUGGACCCAGACUGUGUGUAAGUUUUGCUAUACGCGACCCAGACACCAGACUCAGCCAUAGCAUGUGGUCCCAGCAGGGCCCUGUCUGUCUGUGUACGUCAGUGUUUGGGAAGCAGAAGGAGAGAGAGAGGUAUAGUCCUUGAGCUCCUCAUAUCUGUCAGAUAAAUUAAUCAAACGUGCCUCAGUCCACUGGGACACCUCAGCCUGCAUAAGCACUCAGCCAUGACGGACAGACAGCAGUAGAACGACGUACAUGCUUGCACAUGCAAAUAUACGUUAACAAUAUGCAUGCAGAAUUACCCACACCUUUCCUUCCUAUGUCUUCCACAGUGCCCUGUCCACAUCUAAAUAUUUUACACUGAAUAUAUGAUAUGAUGAUGUACUGCUCUGUUUAUUGUGCAUGCAGUGUUAUAAAGAUUAUGGUAAGCGUGAAUAGCUUUACUCCUACUUACUACAGAGCUGGUUUGCUUCCAAGGCCAGAAUUAACACUGUUUCUACAUAUCUGGCAUCAGCGCAGACAUAAACACACCUGGCCCUUUUUAGGUUUGUUGACCACAGUUUUGGCAUGAAGUUUGAAAUUCCUCUCUUGAGAAGCUUGUGAACCCAGUAAGUCCCUGAAAGACACAAGACAGAGAGAAAUGGUCUUGCCAGAUCUUGAAAGAGGCCUGUUGGGCCCACAGAGAUGGGCGUCCUGUGGUGAGGAGAACAUUCUUAGUUGGAUUAGAGGCAUGUUUGUUUACCAAGGUGGAUGUGCUGCGCCAGGACGAAAGGAGGGGAGAAUAUUAAGAACGGAAGAGGAAACUGUACCAGCAGUUUAUGCAACAUUCAUAAGAAGUGAAAAGGCUUGGGAACAGCCACAUACAGUGUUGUAUCACAGGACGGGAUAUUCAACCUGACGUGGGCAGAAUCAUGUGGCAAACUCAACCUUCCUUGCUGCUAGUAGAGAAUUUUUUAAAAGCCUCUUCUGGCUGGCACUUAGAGUACAUUAUGAAUCAAACACAUGUUGUGGAAAAAAUGCAUCUACAGCUGUAAAUGCUGAUUUCUUUAUUAUUCUGCCUGUCAUUUAAUUUCACAGUUCUUUCAGCAGUGAACACAAAGGAAACAAACUGGCAGCUCUGAGGUUACGCAACAGAGAUGCUCAUCCUCCUAAAAAUAUCAGCGCUUAUCUGUGUCACGUAUGGCUUUAAAAAAUGGGGAUGCAGUUAAGAUGAAUUUUAAUUUCUGAUAAAUACAUUCAUGCGUAUUUGUGCCUUUGGCUGAGUGAAACUUCUUUUGGACGACGAUCACACAGCAUACUGUAUCACAGGCAUACAGCUGAACUGAAACAGUAGGAUCUCGUUGGAUGACUGUAAACUGAGGUUGGAUUUAAAAAAAAAAAAAAAAGCACUAUGACUGUCGCGUCCUUAAAGGUGCACAUCACAAAACAUCUAUUUUAAAAAGUCAGCAGUUAUUUUUUUAGGUCAUUUCUUGUAACUGGACACAUAAAUAAAUUUUAACUAUCUUUUUAAAAAUAGUUAUGACAACAAUUACCUCAGUGUUAAAGCGACUUUCAUGAUAAUGUCUUGAUCAUGGUGCACACCUGCAUAAAAAUACCACAACAUGAUUACUGCGGACCCAAAAUGGAGACCACUCCAACUGAAAAGUGAUUUUUGCUUCCCAACUUUGUUCUUCUGUGCAGCUCCGGCUAUCAUAAAUAUUUAACACAUGCAUUCAUUGUCAAAGAGAGAGGACAGACAAAAACAAGCUCUCCUCUCUGUAGCUCCACACAGUUCCACUAAAACUAGCACACCACCCCCCCAUCUUUAUGCACUCGUAGGCGCACCCACAUACACACUCGUGCUGUUGUUUCCUGCUGUGUGCGCUGCAGUGAGAAUGGUAGUGGAAGCCUGGGGUGGCCUCUUAUCCCCAGAUCAGCAUCUCUUUUCCCCAUUUAUUAAGACUUUUAUUGGAAAAUUGCAGUUCUGCCUCUGCAUGGGGGAGCAGGCAUGGGAGACUGUACGAGAGAUCUCACGCUACAAGUUCACUUGAAAAGAAAAGAGCUGCUCUGUCACCAUCUGCCAAAAAUACAAAUGCUGCCUUUCCUUUGCUGCUGCUCCUCCUUCCUUCCUUCUUCCCGCCACCCUCCUCUCUCUCUCUCUCUCUCUCUCGCUCUCCCUUAUACUUGUCCUUUCAGUAACAUUCAGAGGGACGGAUCAUCUCACCAUUGUUCAACUGGUAUUGGUGAGAGUAAACUGGCUGGCAGCAGUGGGAGGAGGUGUGUUAAUAUGCGUGUGUGGCCCAGGAAGCCACUCCUCCUCUGAGCUGAUUCCAGUCAUCACAGCGAUAAUGAAGUGCACACAGCGCUGCCUGCUCGCCCGCUUGCCAGCGUGACAUACUGUCACCGUCCUGGAGGACACGCACACUCGCACACACCUCACAGUCACUCGCUGACAGGACAGGCAGCCUGCCGCCUCACACAUGCACACACACACACACACACUCGCACAGUCCUGGGAAGGAGUGGAGAAAAGAAAAGGAGACCAGAAGGAGGGAAGAAUAAGAAGAAUUUUACAUCUCUUUGGCUUUCCUCUGUAUGUGACUGACCAGCGGUGAUUGUGGGUGCUGAACAGAGACAACAAUCCCGCCUCUCACACACACACACACCUCUCCCCCCGCAGCCACGGAUUCUUGGAUUAGUCUGCCCCGGUGUGGAGUGUGGGAGUCGCGGAGCGGACCAACAUGGGGAACCAGGCAGGGAGACAGGAGGAAACAGAGUCAGGUGCACAAGUGGCCAAGAAGUCUGGCAUUCCAGCUCCCAGAGAAAUCUCUUCUGCCAUAACAAGAGAGAGAUGCCAACUGAGGAGCUCUUCCACUAAGAGAAUGGUGUCCAGUGCCAGCACUUCCAGCCUCUCCACCCUGGCAAAGCAGACACGUAGUUCAACCAAGUCCCGUGCAGAUGCAGAGGGCCAGGAAAAGGGCCUUUUGGAGGGCCAGGUGAAAGAGCUGCUCGCUGAGGCGAAGGCGAAAGACUUAGAGAUCAGCAAUCUCAGGAUGGAGUUGCAGCGCUGCAAGGGUAAAGCAUCGAGCACCUCCUCUUCACCCAACUCUGUUUCAUGGCAGGAGCCUUCAGCUGAUCGAGAACAGGGGCAGAUGGGGGAGGCCCUUGUACUAGUUGGGGAACUGAGGGAGAAGAAUGGGAAGUUUCAGAGAGAGCUGGCCGCCCUUAGGGAAGAGAACCAGGAACUGAAGGAAAAGCUGCUUUCCUUGGAGGCUUCUCCUCUCUCUAGUACAAACACAAGCAGCCCCUCCAAGCCUUUGGUGAAUGGCCUGCCCUCAGACUCCUCAGGUCCUCAACAGGACAGUCUCCCCUCUACUGCCAGCCCACUCAAAACGUCUGUCUCCUCCAGCUCUGAUAUCACCAAGGGGUCGCCAUCACCUGACUCGUCAGAGUUUGAGAAGAUCCCGUCACGCUCAGAAUCAGUGAGCAGUGGUGUCAGCGGGGAAGCUGUUGCAGCAGGAGCAGUAACCAAUGCAGGAGGUCAGGAUGUGUCAGUGCAGAGCCUCACAGAACAGAUUCACAAGAUGGAGGAGAGCCACCACAGCACAGCGGAGGAACUGCAGGCAACGCUGCAGGAGCUGGCUGACCAGCAGCAAGUGGUGCAGGAGCUGACAACUGAGAACGAGCGUCUGGCUGAGGAAAAGCGCCUGCUGCAGACCUCACUUCAACAGCAGAGAGAGCGUUUGGAGGUUUUGGCCCAGAAGAACGAGACGCUAGCUGUUAGACUUCAGGAGCAAGCUCAGGCUCAGGCCCAGAGGGAGGAGGAGCUGGGUAACCAAGGGCCUCGGCUGGCGGAGCUGGAACAGAGGUAUGCCGAGCUGGUGGAGAGCUCACGCUUUGAACGGGAGAAGCUGGUGGACAUCCAGCAACAACUGACAGGCAGCCUGCGGGUUCUGGAGGAGGAGCAUCAGGAGGCCCAGGGCCAGGUGCACUGCUUCAGAGAGGAGGUAGACAGGUUGCAGGCCCAGUUAGACAGGGAGCAGGAAGUCGGAGGUCAAGCAGUACAAGCCGCGGAAGAGCAGAGGGCGAUGGCAGACUCGCUUCGACUGGACAACAGUAGGCUGAAGGCACAGGUGGACAUUGAGAGGCAAAAGGUGGGAGAGCUGAAGGCCAUGCAAAGUACCAGUGACAGCACUGAGCUGCAGAAUUUGCUGAAGACAGCCCACACUGAGAGAGACAGGCUGGAGGUGGAGCUGACAGAGCUGAGACAAGAGCUGCUUCAGGCCCAGGCUGAGACUGAGCAUGUGCGAGCCGCAAUGUCCAAGGUGGAGGUCAAAUGCCAGCAAGUUCAAGAACGAUCCGAGAGGCGAGAGCAGGAGCUGAGCAGCCGGGUGACUUCCCUGGAGGAGGCCGGGAUACAGGCUGAGAACCAGGUGAAGGAGCUGAAGGAGACCAUCUUUGAACUGGAGGACCAGGUGGAGCAACAGAGGGCCGUCAAUUGCCACACCAACCAAGCUGUCCUGGACAUGGAGAAUCUUGUCAAAAAGCUGGAGGAGCAGAAGGCUGAAGCAGACCGACAACUGAAAGUUUUCAAUAGACAGAUGAAGGAUGAAAAGGAGGAGUGGCGUCGUUUUCAGGCCGACCUCCAGACGGCCGUUGUGGUGGCCAACGACAUCAAGGUGGAAGCUCAGCAGGAGCUGCGUACACUCAGGAGGCAGCUGCAGGAGGAGCAGGAUCGCAGUGCAAAGCUUUCCGCAGACCUUGAGGCCCUGCAGGGAGUCAGGUCCCAAGGUGACGAGAUGAGACUGCCUGACUCCGAUAACAGCCGUCACUGGUGCGGCAUCUCCAUGAUCCCGACCACACCCAUGGACGCCAGCGGAGAUGCCGACUCAGAGCCCGGAGCUACUGUCAAAUCUCUCAUUAAGUCCUUUGAUACUGUUGGACAGAAUGGACCAGACCACACAGUUCAAAUGCAUUCCUCAACAAGAAGCCCGCUGAGUGGGAUUCCUGUACGUACUGCACCUGCUGCUGCUGUCUCCCCCAUGCAGAGACACUCAUACAUAAAGCCACUAUCAAAGACACUGGAAAAAAGGAUCAAUCAUGGAGAAUUCUCUCAUCAUCAUGAUAAGUUGUCGAGCUGCGGGGAAGACCUGAAGCCUAACAGCCUUAUGAGGAAGAGCCCUUCUCUAGAGUCUGUAAUCAAAACCACUGCCUCCCUCAGCAGCCGCACUGCAUCCUUCAGCUACAACCGAGGCAACAGCAAGCUCAGUGUGGAAAGAAAGGACCCCUUGGCUGCACUGGCGCGGGAGUAUGGAGGAUCUAAGAGAAAUGCUCUACUGAAGUGGUGCCAGAAGAAAACAGAAGGCUAUCCGAAUAUUGAUGUGACCAACUUCAGCAGCAGUUGGAGUGACGGCCUCGCUUUCUGUGCCCUCCUGCACACAUAUCUGCCGGCACACAUCCCUUACCAGGAACUCAUCAGUCAAGAUAAGGUCCGGAAUCUGACCCUGGCUUUCCAGGCUGCCGAGAGCAUUGGCAUCAAACCUUCCCUGGACAUCGAGGAGCUGAUGAAGACGGACCGGCCGGACUGGCAGAGCGUCAUGCAGUACGUCUCCCAGAUCUACAAGUACUUUGAGACCUGACCGGUGAGGAAGAGGAGCUGAUGAAGAUGAAGGCACUGCAGCACUUUUGCGUCCUUUCUGUCGGACUGGCCGAGCGCUGCCACGCCGAACCUUCUCCUGCUCGACACCAGAGACCAGACCAGGGAAUUCUCUGUUCUUGAGAAACUUAAAGCUGCCGUUUUUCUCAUUUCUUAACACUACAGUCAGUGCUGAAGGCCAAAUUUACAAAGUCAGGAAACACAAAACAAGUUUUACAAGCUGUCAGCGUCAACCGAGCAUUUGAUUCACACACACAAACAAAUUAUGGUGCAAAAUAUUAUUCCAGUCUUGUAGCAGCUGACAGCACAGUGGAGAAAGCGUUUCAUUUUGUUCUUGUUUCCUCUGUAAAGAAAUACCGGAGAACAUUUGUCACUGAGUGAUUUUCAAGAGAAAAUCAGUUAAAAUUGUUGCUGUCAACACUUUUCUAAGAAUUACUCGUUAAAUAUCCGUGUUGUUUGUGAAUCAAAUGCUCGGAGGGGAAACGGUCUGACCUUUUAAAGAUGUGCCAAAUUUACAGCAACUUACACGAGAACCUCUAUGCAUGACUUCAGUGUGACCUUUCUGUGUGAGCGCAGCGUGACGUCUGCUUUCAGUCAACAUGCAGGUAGAAGUCUGAACCCAACCUUUUUUUUUGGUCAACUUGCUGAGAUGUUGCUUACUGGAAGCAAUCCGGAGUUUUUCUUUGAGUUCAUACUUUGCAGAGCAGAGACUAUUUUGAACUGACCGGUUUGAGUUGAACUGAAGCUCUUAUAUUUUUGACUUUACUCAUCGUGGUUUGUCUUUGAGUCAGCGGAGCUCAGACAAACCCAAGCUGCCAUCUGUGAUGUGACACUAAAACGAUUGAAGAGUUGCUGAAGAGUUUUAUAGACAAAUAUUUUUUAUGAAAACAGAUUGAUCUCUAUGUUUGCGUUGUUUACAGCAUUAAGGACUGACUGGAUUAAAUUAUCGUUCUGUGCCCUGCUGUGCUGUUUGUUCACGUUUUCCAUUGAAAUUCUCUCGACAGAUGUGGCACUGCAGCCGCUUUGCAAAUUGUAUGUAUCUGUAUUUCGCAUGUUAAAUAGGAGAGUGGAGCUUUUACUUGUAACAAUUUGGGCACAACAAGCCUCCAUUUUCAGAAGCUCUUAUGUUUUGAAGGAUAAAAGUGUUAUUUAUUUAUUUACAAGACAUGCAUACUGAGGAUGUGGACAGAAAAAUAUGCAGUUUUCUAUUCAGAUGUCAGGUUUGGAGGACUGUUGGAUGGUUGUCGCUUAAUAAACGAUUGUCAAGACUUAUUUACCAUCA